AUGUCAUAUACCGAUGACGCCGUCAAGGCUAAGCUGUCUGCUCUUAAUGAAACCCAGGAAUCCAUUGUCACAGUUGCCCAAUGGGUUAUGUUUCACAGAGGUCGCGCAACAAUCCAAAGCAAAGCGGAAGCAAGAUUUCCUCAUUGCUUUCUCGCCAAACCUAUUCAGCAGGCUGUAGAAGCUCGAGUUGAUGAGGUGGACAAAUCUAAAUCAUCGGGUAAAAAGCCAUUGCUAGGAGGCUCACUAUUCGCUAGCUCGCCGGGAUCCAUUCCAUCUGAGUUACAACCUCUAGCUCCGCUGCAAACCGCUGUUUCCAAGGCCACAGUCUCCUCAUCUGCCGCCGUCACGGCUGCCAAUACCGAAUAUGACAAAAUGAACGACCCGUCGGCCCAGGUCCCAACACCGCCCGUUCACGCUGCCCGUCUCAGCCAACUUCUUAAGUCCCUUGCGAAUGCAGAAAGUUCGGUUUCCGAAAUUAUCAAGUCACGACAGUGUUUGAUCCAAGGGCUUGAGAAGCUUCUCGACACGAACCGCACUGCGUUAACCAAGGAACAGGCACUGGUUGAGCAAUUGGCGGCACGCAAAAUGGAAACAGAGGGUAAGAAGCGGGACGUCGAAGAUGCCAUCAUGCGCGGCUUAUCCGUGGAGGAUUCGUCGAUGUUGCGGGGAGUUGGCAGUGGGAAUGAUACUGGCAAUACUGAAUCGACAACGCCAAGUCAGCUAGGUGAAGAGCCUGAGCGUCCCGUCAUCGAGGCGCUGACACCUCCACCUGUUGAGGACCUCACACCAACCGGCUCCCCUACUCAAAACCAACCACCAGGGGGUGAGGAAUAUCACAACAAUCAGCAUCAGCAUCAAUAUCAACAUCAGCCCACUGCAGGGAUUGGUGUUUUCACCCAUCCAGGUCAACCGGAGCUUCCUCAACAUCAAUACCUCUCAGAAACCGCGAUCCUCCCGCAGCAAGCACCUGCGGAUGGUCAGGUUACAACAACAUCAAUCACUACCCCCACAAUAGAUCUAACAUCUACGCUCGCAGCCCUACAUGGACAUGGACAGCAGCUGUCACGGGAGAACCCCGCAAAUGCAAACAUCAACGUGAGCGCGAACACGAAUGGAUCGAGCGUGAAGAAGCGCAAAGUUUCUCAUCCGCUUGUGCAUGCGCAGCAGGAUGAAUACCCGGGCUUUUCUGCUGAAGGAGACGUUAUGGCGGAGUUGGAUGAUGACGUUGCGGAGUUGUUGAGGCAGGAGAGUAAUAAAUAUUAGCGGUCUAGGGCGUACUGCAUUGUAUCGUACCCUGGCAAUUAGGGGAUUCCAAGGUAAACGCCGAAGACGGGGCGCUAUUAUCGACUGGGUUAAUCGAUGGAACGUGGGCCCGCCUUAGGGCUCUCUUUUUACAAUGGCUUUUAUUUGGCUUCCUCUAUGUGUCCUUGGUUAGCUUAGCUUGCCUUUUAUCGGAAUAUAUCAAAUAAAGGGACAUCGAGC